AGACUCACAAGCAAGAUGUUAAAAAUGAAUAGGCUGGAAGGCAUAAAUACACGUUACAAUAGUAACCUGUUGGAGAAAAUGGCUUAUUUUCAGUAUGUAGAAAAAGCUGAGACUGUACAGUGUUUUUUGAAGGAAAACAACAAUGAACUUGAUUCAGGAGCUGAAGAGAAUGAGGCAAAGGAGACAGUGUGGCAUCAUUUAAGUCUGAAGGAAACGUGUGUUACAAAGAAGAGAACUCUAGACCUCACAGAUGAUGCUCCUGCUCCCCCUGCUCCAUUUGAUCACAGGAUUGUCACAACCAGACAGACAGCCAUCAAUAGUCUCUAUACUGUGAACAGGAGGGAAAUCUUAGGAGGGGGACGGUUUGGCCAAGUACACAAAUGUGAAGAAAAAGCCACAGGCCUGAAAUUAGCAGCCAAAAUCAUUAAGACCAGAGGGGUAAAGGAAAAAGAUGAAGUGAUGAAUGAAAUCAGUGUCAUGAACCAGCUGGACCACGUGAAUCUCAUCCAACUCUACGAUGCCUUUGAGUCCAAGAAUGACAUUGUCCUGGUGAUGGAAUAUGUGGAUGGUGGUGAACUGUUUGAUCGAAUUAUUGAUGAAAACUGCAAUUUAACUGAGUUGGAUACCAUUCUCUUCAUCAAGCAGAUCUGUGAGGGGAUAAAACAUAUGCAUCAAAUGUACAUUCUUCACUUAGACCUGAAGCCUGAGAACAUCCUGUGUGUGAAUCGGGAUGCCAAACAAAUAAAAAUUAUUGAUUUUGGAUUAGCAAGAAGAUAUAAACCCAGAGAAAAGCUGAGAGUGAACUUUGGGACUCCUGAAUUUCUUGCUCCUGAAGUUGUGAACUAUGAUUUUGUUUCUUUCCCUACUGAUAUGUGGAGUAUUGGUGUGAUUGCCUACAUGCUGCUCAGUGGAUUGUCUCCUUUCCUGGGUGAUAAUGAUGCUGAGACACUAAACAACAUCUUGGCUUGUAGGUGGGAUUUAGAAGAAGAAGAAUUCCGAGACAUCUCUGAAGAGGGCAAGGAAUUCAUCUCUAAACUUCUGAUUAAGGAGAAGAGCUGGAGAAUAAGUGCAAGUGAAGCCUUGAAGCAUCCCUGGUUGUCAGAUCACAGUCUCCAUCACAGACUCGGCUCACAGAAGAAGAAGAACCAAGGUUCUAAAGCUCAGUAACUGAUGACUCAGGACCCUACUGAAGAGUGUUCCAACUUGGAAGG